UAUCCAUUCCACAAAUCUCGAUGGCGGAUAUCUCAUAUAUGUCUGCUAUGACUGGCAAUACUUCUACGACUUCCAAACCCCUCCAAUACAAACCCAAGCUACCGAGUUUGCCAUCGAGGUGACCUCUCUUGUAAUCCCCAACGCUUUUUGGGGUUCGGAGCACAACUUUGAAAUCAUCAAGAAACGGUUGAACCUCUCUGAAUUCGACUGGGCGUUUACUACGCCUAAGGCUGCCGGAAAGAAGACACACCGUCCUCUGUCCGAUACAGAAAAGGCUCUCGCACUGGUUCACGAGUUCCUAUAUUGGUACUUUGAGUCCUUCCUGGUCCCACUUCUCAAAACAACAUUCUAUUGCACCGAAUCCGCCGCCUUCAAAAACCAGACACUUUUCUUUCGACAGGAUGAUUGGAAAAUACUAUGCCAGCCAUUGAUUGAUAAAUUACGCUCUGACAACUUUGAGAAAGUUUCGGUAAGGGAUUAUCCUCGAGAGGAACGGCAAUCUCAUCUUCAAGGGGCAUCUAUACUCAGUCACGACGGAAUAUACACCAAACUGAGAGCCUUCAAGGAAAAGCUUAUAUCAAAGACCGGUAGAAUGUACGUCUCUUUUUUGGAUUCGGGCUUCAUAUCUCAAUCAUAUACAAAGUCCAAAGCUUUACUUCGUGAAGAUGGAUGUACAAGCCCAUCAUCAAGCAGUGGUAUCAAUAUAUUAAUCAAUGCUCAGGAGAGUUAUACCAUUCAGCGUUAUGCACAGUUGCAUUUAUCUACCGGGAAAGUUAAGCGUAAAUGGAUACGCAGUGCAGUACCUGAAGAUCUUGCCGCUUGUCUUCGUCAGGUUGUCUUUUGUGAUCAAGUCGUAUAUUCUAAUGAAGAUACCGAACCACUCUUGGCACUAUUAGAAGAGCAUAUCACUACUAAUAUCGUCAAGGUAAGCAACCUCAACUGUGGCGCUCUCAAAACUCACUUUCCCAAAGGGCAUCCUGAAUACGGAUGCUUUGUGGCAAAGGAUAAAACUGUCGUCAACUUUCCUACGAACGAAGCAGCCUUAUCUAUUCCUGAUCAAAGAGGUACACUUCUCAACAAUGACAGGAGCUCUGUUGACAAAGUCGAUGCUAGAAAUGAUGUGCUUGACAGUGGAUUUCUGACAGGUGUGCCCAUAUUAGAACUUGAAAACACUCUCACUGUGCAUAAGGGCAAAGGCCCUGGACAAGGAUUCAGGUACAGGAUGUUGGGGCUAUGUCGACUAAGGACGCACAUAAUUUUCACCGACACCACAUUCAAUUCUCCCGUAGUCGUCAAGCAGAACAUCUAUGAAGCUUUCUUGCUUACUGCAAUGAAGAUGGCACAGUAUCUGAAAGAAUGGGGUCUCGACGUGGAGAAGCGGUACGAUUUUGUGCUAG